CUAAACCAGGAGUCGCUGCGAAAUACCAAAAGUUAUGGCACAGGAGGUGAAGGUCUCUGUCAGCGAUGACCACACCCUUAAGCCAUUGCAAUCCGACGGCGAAGACGCUGAUUUCCCUGAGUUCGAGUUCCCAGUAGGAGAUGGCGGCGAUGACGACAUAUCCAGUCCGAAUUUGGAAGGGAUUUCAGCAGUGUCAAACAAAUCUGUUGACAUGUCCCCAAAGAAAAUGCCACCAGCUCUCCGUGAAGAAGCCACUGAAACGUUGCUGGCUCGGGUGAGUGUCAGGCUUUCGGAGGAAGUAGCUCAGCCGGAAGUUAGUAAGCAUGUCGUUACAGAAAUGUCGAAGCCAGCCAGUGUUCUACUUGAAGGCCCGAAGCGGAAGGUGUUACAGUCUAACCCCUCCUUCAAGAGCUUGGUGAACAUUUUGGGCGAACGAACAGCCUCGCCGACGAGGUUAGAUAGCCUGAAAUUAGGGAAGAAGCAUCGUGAGAAUGGAGAGUUGAAGAAUGAAACUGAGGUCGAUUCUGAGGAGGGGAAGUUGACUGCACCCGCGCAUAUUAAGAGGUUAAGUCUCGUGUCGAGGGCGACCCAGACUCAAUCGACUGGUGGAAAGACGAAGCUGGCGAAUGAGCUGAGUGUGAAUGCACUUGUGGAAAAGUUUUCCAGGAACAAGUUGUUGGAGGAGGCUGCUCGCGCACUUUCGGGAACUUCAACGCCUAGAAAUUUGUCUGAGAGACGAACUAUGGCUGAUCGAUCUAGGUCGCCUGUCCCUCGUCAUCUCCAAGAUAACGGCAAUAGUGACGGAAAACGGGCUCUCUCACCUGUACCAGGCAACACCGCUAAUGCGAAGAAUCUCUUAUGUCCACGGCGCUCGGUUACUACAGGUUCGACCCGCACUGUCUCUGAUCGAUCAGUCUCACCCAUUCCGCGUGCUUCGUCUUGGAAGGAUUCGGUUUAUGGAGACGUCCCCAAGGAAAAGCGACCGAAUUUCUCGGCACCAAGUCCACCAACGCCUCCUCCGCGGUUUCUCACUCCCACUCGAGCUGCGGCUCUGAAAGCUGUGAAGCCACCUGCUACGCCCAACCAUGCUUCUUCGAAAGGCUCUUUGCACACAGCGUUUGGCAUCACGACGCCAGCUAAAGAGAUUCAGAAGAAAAACCUUGCGUCUUCGAAGCCGGAUCACCCCAAGGCCACUGUCACUGAACCUGCAGGCUUUAAUUUCAGGACAGACCAGAGAGCGGAGCGACGGAAGGACUACAAUGCCAAGGUCGAGGAGAGGCUGAAGCUCAAGGAGGCGGAACGGAAACGACAAGAGCAGAAAGCACAAGAGGAGAAGGAAGCACAGUUAAGGGAGUUACGGAAGAGCUUGACUUACAAAGCGAACCCAGUGCCAAGGUUUUAUCAGGAGCCCGCUCCUAUCCCACCUGAGAUUCGCAAACCGGCGCCCACUAGGGCGAAAUCACCGAAUUUUACUGCACCUCGACGGAGGGAGAGCUGCCCGGGAUCUACUGUGAGCGAGAGCGGCAGGACGAGUCCGCUUCGGAGCUCCAGCCGGCUGCUCAGAUCGGGAGUUUCAAGCACUGGAAACGAGGUAAUUGAGCUUAAAAAUCAAGCUUCUCAAUCAGGAUUUCUCAGUCCUUGUUGAAUUACAUCCACAGUACCGAGCGAGAGGCAGCAAUAAACUCGCGGGCGCUUUUGGAGGUGGAGAAAGAAUUCUUUUUGCAUCUCGCCGUUGUGAUUAUUUCUGGCCUAAGUUUCAUCAAAGGACACUACGCCCAUGGCGUGAAAGGGUUAGCGGCACAUCUUGACACCACCAACAAUGUCUUGUCAGCCCAAGCUUUACCAUCAAUUCUUUUUCUGCCUCUGCAAAUGAUAAUGCGACUGUCAGUCAAGGUAGAAGAUACGACGAUGACCUCUAGCCCCACCAGUUUGCGAUCGACACCAUUUCCCGACAUGUAGACAUCGAUAGAGGGAACGUAGCAGUGAAAGCACUAUCAGAGUCGCGGUCUUUCUAUACGACCAAUCGACCUAUAGUUGCAGUUUUUUCUGGUUCCGAUCCUGUGGUAACUGCGUGUGAAUUCAGUCCUGGACAAUACAGAGAGCUCACGAUGGCCAAUUUCAUGAGUUUAUUUUCAACAGAGAAAGAUUAGAGAUUAUGUUGUUGAUCAAUGAACUAUUUUCAUUUGUUGUAAAGUGCAUCAAUAUACUGAUAUCAAUUAGAUGAAUGAAAAUCAUUGAACUAA